CGGGUCGAGCCGAAGAAACCGGAGAUCAGAAGUAAAAUGUGAUUCACCGCGUACGGACGUGCAUAGUUUCUCCAAGAAGUUCAAUCAACACUAGUUUGGUAGUCAAAGAUUUUUCUUGGUUUUCUCGAAUAUCAAUCGAUCCGCCGUCCAGUUCGUUAUACCGAUAAAAGGAGCUUACUCAAAUAAAGGGCUAAGUGCAUUGGAUAAAGCUCGUAAAUUAGUAGUGCAAAAGUGCUGUCACAGAUAAGAAGAAUCGCACCGCAAAGGAUUCGCUGGAUACCGUUGGAAAAGGAUACGAAGCCCGGCAAGAAAAGAGAAAGAGAGCAAUAAUUGCGGUUGUUGAAAUGAAACCGGUGAUCAUAGUUUUUGUUUAGCAAAAAGUUGGUUUUUGUAAAUAUCGUUCUUGUUCGCUCGCCACAAGUGCGCACGACAAAUAAAAAAGUGGAGAUCUUAAUCGUUGAUAGUGAGAAUCGCAAGCAAUAAAAAAAAUAGUAUUGUUCCGAAGCUUAUGUUAAAAAGGGAAAAGUAGAAGGUGGAUGAUCGUCUAGUCAUAGUCGCGUGGUGCCUUGAAGAUACCGCAGAAGAGCCCAGAAGAAGGAAUUAAACACUCCGUCGUUCUAGCGUGUCCAUCCAGCACUUUCUGUUCUGCCGUCGAACGUCGUCGCAAACGCUGCUGGAGAGGAUAAAGCAAAAGAGGAAUAUCUAUUAUUAUCGUGUUCUGCAUGGUGGAUCUGCACGUUGGUCCGGGGACGGAGGAAGGCGGAUCGCACAACAGUACCUAACCUAAGAAAAAGAGCGCACAAGGAAGCGCAGCGCUCGGCGGAGAAGAAGCAAACUCAUCGGCGAACCGCAGUAGUACCCACUACAAACUAUCUGCCUCUCUUGUUAUUGUUGUUGAUGGCAAAAUCGGUUGGAUAACUUGCUGAAUCUGUGCAGAGGAUUUAAGACCCAGUGUAAAUUCUAGUGAAAUAUCGUUAUAAUUGCUGUACGCAAGCAAAACAAAAGUUAUUCUACUAAUCGGAACCCGAUCGGAUAAUCAAAAUUCGUUACAACAUCCCCACUGACCCAAAACGAAAACACGUACUACCCGGCACGAACUGGGAGAGAGAAAGCGAGAGACUACAUUUCUCAGGGCACAGGAAGAAUCAAAAUCCAUUCAAAAUUCCACUCAUACUAGAAAACCCCAUGUCCUCAGCCAGUAUGGAUGAGUUCUCACUAACGUUCGACGAUAACCGACAGAGUGCGACGACGGCGGCCACACUGCUCCCCCCGGGUACCACAACCCUGGCCCAGCUAUCGUCCCACUUCGAGGAUCUUCAGCUCAACAGUCCCGGCAGCGGAGGAGGCGGCGGUGGUCCGCUCAAUCUGACCAGCGUAACCGCCGGUGACAAUCAUUCCGGUGGUAACGCCGUCGAUGAACUGAUUCAGCAAAAUUCCAAGGUAUUCGACACGUUCGUAGCGAUGAUCAACGGUUUGGCGCCCAAGGUCGAGGAACGGCCAGUCAAGUACAAGUCUCACACGGAGUGUGUGCCGGUGCCGUCGUCGGAGCAUGUGGCGGAGAUCGUCGGCAGACAGGGUUGCAAGAUCAAAGCACUGAGAGCGAAAACUAACACAUUCAUCAAGACUCCGAUACGGGGCGAGGAACCGAUUUUCGUAAUUACCGGCACGAAGGAGGAUGUAACGAGAGCCAAACAGGAAAUCUUGUCAGCGGCAGAUCACUUCAGUACGCUCCGAUCGUCGAAGAAACAGGCGAUGGCUCUGUUGGCCGAAAGUAGAAACAUGCUCGGCUACAGCACACCGGACGAGAUCACAAUCCAGAUUCGGGUACCACAGAAGGUUGUCGGAUUGGUAGUGGGACCCAAGGGUGCGACCAUCAAAAACAUUCAGCUCAAGACCAACACGUACAUCAUCACGCCCAAACGGAAUCAGGAAUCGGUAUUCGAAAUCACGGGACUGCCAACGAACGUACACACGGCGCGACAGCUGAUCGAGGAACACAUCGCUACGCGGGCUGGAACGUCGGCCACCAGCUCCAGUGCCAGUUCGAGCAGCUCGAGCAGUUCCAGCUCAAGUAGUUCCAGCAGUAGCAGUUCCAGCAGUGGGGGCAGCACUGCCAACAACUCCCCACAGAGCUCACUGACCAACGGCCACCACGAUCUGCUGCAUCAUGGCGUCGGAAAUGGUGUAAACGGUUUGCAUGGUCUGCACGGACUACAAGGCCACCAGGACUUCGACACCAACCAGUUCAUCAUCGACAACCUGUUGGAGUACUUCAACAACAUGAGCACGGCGUACAACUCUCCAACGAACGGCGGAGCGCCCACCCUGAACGGGCUGGUCAAUCAUCAUCACCAUCUGACGGGUGGCGACGGCGGCCGGCUCUCCAACGGAGGCGGUGCGGAUCUCGGCGGCGUCGGUGGCCUCGGUAUGGGAGGAACGAACGGCAGCAGCAAUGGGAACGGCAUUGGCGGCAGUCUCGGCGGUAACGGUGGCGGCAUCGAAACCGUACCGGACUUCCGCAACAUCUGGGAGAACCUGAGCGAAAGCCAGGGCUCCGGUGCCGGCACCGACACGGACAACUCGUCGCUCAUCUGGACCCUGCCGUCGUCGUCGCGCAACUCCGUGUCCUACUCGCCGGACGAUUUCAUCUUUCAGCGAUAAGAGACCGGAGGCGAAGGCGGGGCGGCACCGGGAGCAUCUUAUUAUUUUUAUUAUUAUUAUUAUUGAUUCGUAAAAGCUAUUACUCUGAUACACUGAUCGGAUUUAUUUUUAUAGGCUAUUCGCGGUAGUGAACUUCACACACACGCAAGUGUUUUUAUUUUUGAUUAUUUAGUUAUUUUUUGGCGAUUUAUUAUCUACUUUUAUACGAUAUAUCUCUUCGUGGUUCGAUUAAGGUAAUGUGAAUGCAAAGUGAGACGCAAGAUGGGGAACAUUACUCGGAUGAUUCUGAGGUAAGCGCGAAAAUGAAGAAGAAUUGAAAAAUAACACGAAAAUGGAAGAAAAAGGUAGGAAAUGUCGAAGAUAAUGUACAGAUAUUAUUAACAAUCAUAACAAAAGAUGCAUCUAUGUACGUACGUAUGUUUGGAAGGAAAAGAAAAACUGAUACAGUUUAAUAAGUGAAUGCAUUUUUUUUUAUUUUGUUGCGAAGAAUUUAAGGAACAGAAAUAUUUUGUGACUCCAUAACGCACAAUUGGCGGAAAUGACUGGAAAUUGUUUGACAAAUGGAAAGUACUGGAAACAGUUUCAAUUAUGAAAUUAGUUCAAGGGAAAAGUUGAAUGCAUAGAAUUGACCAAUGACAAGAAAUGUUUCCAUGCUGAAUCCGAUGAACGUUUUGACAAUUGACUCCACUUAACGUAUAGCGACCCCUGACUUUAAAACGCGAUAUCUUUUGAAAUUAAUUAAUAAUUUAAUACAAAUUCCAACAUUUUACAAAUAAUAAGAAUUGUCACAGUUGGAAGUCAUUCUGUAUGGCACGUUACAAUCUUUUUAGAUCUGUUUUGAUGAUUGACAGAAGCUUUGUCACAGAAUAAUUCCUUAUCAGCAAGCGCUGUGAAGGGUCAAACAGAGAGCAUAGUAUUGUGAUCAGCUUAUUGGAAUUUUUCCAUCAAUUGAAUGAACCAUGCGUUUUGUUUACUUAAAUAGCAUGGCAAGUCGUCAUCAUUUCAUCAUGUUCCACAAGAUUUCUUUCGGAAUCCAGAGUUGAUUUCCUCAAAAGCGCAUUUUCUUCGGAAUCCGGGGCGGAUUUUUUAGAAAUCCAGAGCGGAAUUCCUUCGAACUUCGAAACGGAUUUCCUUCAGAAUCCGGAGAAGUGUUCCUCAGAAAUCCGGAAUGGAUUUCGAUUGGAGCGAACAUCCUGAGAAAUUUGGAGUGAAUUUUGUUUGAACUUCAGGGCGGAUUUCAUUCGGAAUUACCUUUGGAAACUGGAGCGAACUGGAGCAUCCAGAGUUGAUUUCCUUCGGAAUUUUGUUUGAACUUCAGAGCGGAUUUCCUUCGGAAUUACCUUUGGAAACUGGAGCGAACUGGAGCAUCCAGAGUCGAUUUCCUUCGGAAUUCGAAGCGGAUUACCUUCAAAAUCCGGAGCGAAUUUAUUCCGGAAUUUGGAAUCCGGAAUAGGAUGCCCUUCGGAAUUCGAAGCGAAUUACUUUUGGAAUCUUGAGCGAACUUCAUUUGGAAAUCUGAGUGGAUUUCCUUCAGAAUGUGGAUAGGAGGAUUCGGAGCGAAUUUAUUCCGGAAUUCGGAGCGCAAUUUCUUUGGAAUUCGGAACGAGUUUUCUUCGGAAUCCGAAGCAGAUUUCCAUUGGAAUCGAGAGUUGAUUUCCUUCGGAAUGCAAAGUGGAUUUUCUUCGGAAUCCUUAGCGGAUCUCUUUUGAAAUCCGGAAUCCGGAACGAGUUGAUUUCCUCCGAAAUUCGCAAUUCCUUCAAAGUACGGAGCGGAUUUCUUUUUAAAUACAGAACCAAGAGCAAAUUUUAUUCGAAACCCCAAACGACUUACCUUCGGAAUCCAGAACGGAUUCCCUUCGGAAUUCGUAGUCUUUGGAAUUCAGAGUCGGUUUUCUUCAGAAGCAAAAACUGGUUUUCUUCGAGGUCCGGAGAGAAUUUUCUUCGGAAUCCGGAGUGCAUUUUCUUCAGAAUCCAAAGCUGAUCCGGAGAGGAUUUCGUUCGAAAUCCGGAGUGAGCUUUUUUUCAGAAUUCAGAGCGAAUUUCAUUUAGAAUCUAGAGCGAACUUUCUUCGGAAUCCGGGACGAAUUUCUUUUGGAAUUCGGAGCGGAUUAUUUCUGAAAUCCGGAGCGGAUUACCUUUGGAAUCUGGAGCGAACUUCAUUUGAAUUUCCUUCAAAUUCCUGGAACUGAUUUUCUUUGGAAUUCGGGGCGAAUUUCCUUCGCAAUCUGGAGCGAAUUUCCUCCGUAAUCCGAAGAUGAUUUCUUCUAAAAUUCUCAAUUCCUCCGAAGUUCGAAGCGGAUUUCCUUUUAAGUGUAGGCUGGGAAGUAUUUCCUUCGAAACCAGGAGCAAUCUUCCUUCGGAAUGAAAUUUCUUUCAAAAUCCCGAACGAAUUUCCUUCGGAAUUAGUAUUCGAUGUCCUUUGAAAUUCAGAGUCGGUCUUCUUCGGAAUCAAAAGCUGAUUUCCUUCAAAGUCCGGAUAGAUCCGGAGCGCAUUUUCUUCAGAAUCCAAAGCGAAAUGCGGAGAAGAUUUCCUUCGAAAUCCGAAGUGAGCUUUUUUUCGGAAUGCAGACCGGAUUUUCUAUGGAAUCUGGAGCAAACUUUUUUCGGAAUCUGGAAUGGAUAUCCUUCGGAAUUCGGAGCGGAUUACCUUUGAAAUCCGGAAUCGAUUACCUUCGGCAUCUGGAGCUAAUUUCCUUCAGAAUCUGAAGCGGAUUUUCUUAGGAAUUCGUAACGAAUUCAUUCCGGAAUUUGGAUCGGAUUUCCUCGGAGUCCGGAGCGGAUUUUCUUUGAAAUUUGGAGCGAAUUUCCUCCAGAAUGCGGAGCGGAUUUUCUUUGGAAUCCGGAGUAGAUUGCCUUCGGAAUCCGGAGCUGAUUAUUUUUGUAAUCCGGAGUUGAUUUCCUCCAAAAUGUAUAAUUCCUUCGAAGUUCGAAGCAGAUUUCUUUUUAAAUCCGGAAAGUAUUCCCUUCUAAACCAGGAGCAAACUUCCUUCGGAAUCCGGAACAAAUUUCCUUCGGAAAUCUGAACUAUAUUCUUCGCAAUCCAGAGGGGAUUCCCUUCGGAAUUCAUAGUCGAUGUCCUUUGGAAUUCAGAGUCGGUCUUCUUCGGAAUCAAAAGCUGAUUUCCUUCGAAAUCUGGAAAGAACUUUCUUCGGAAUCCGGAGCGCAUUUUCUUCAGAAUCCGAAGCGAAACCCGGAAAGGAUUUCCUUCGAAAUCCGGAGUAGGCUUUUUUUUCGGAACGCAGAACAAAUUUCAUUUGGAAUCUGGAGCGAACUUUCUUCGGAAUCCGAAUUUAUUCUGGAAUUUGAAGCGGAUCAUCUCGGAAUCCGGAACGGCUUUUCUUUGGAAUCCGGAGCGGACUUCCUUAGAAGCUCGGAGCGGAUUUCCUUUUGAAUUUUGAAAGAAUGUUUUUUUGAAAUCUGGAGCAAACUUCUUUCGGAAUCCGAAGCGAAUUUUGUCCGGCAUCUGAAGCAAAUUUGUUUCGGAAUCCGGAGCGGAUUUUGUUUGGCUUUGGGAUUCGGAGCGGUUUUCCUUCAGAAUCCGGAAUUGAUUGCCUUCGGAGCGGAUUUUCUUUGCAAUCCGGAGCGAAUUUUCUUCGGAAUCCGGAGAGGAUUUUCUUCGAAAUUCGAGGCGAACUUUCUGUGGAUUCUGGAUCGAAUUUUCUUCGGAAUCCGGAGCUAUCUUCAGCAUAUCUUACGGAAAUCGAAGCGAAUUUGUUCCGGAAUCUGAAGCAAAUCUGUUCCGGAAUCCGGGGCGUAUUUUGUUUGGCUUCCGAGUUUGGAAUCCGAAGCGCAUUUUCUUCGAAAUCGUGAGUCGAUUUCCUUCAGAGCCCGGAGCGAAGUUCUUCGGAAUCCCGGUUGAUUUCCUCCGAAAUACAGAGCGGAAUUCCUUCGGAAUCCGGGCAGGAUUUCUUUCGGAAUCCGGAGGAUUUUCUUCGAAAUUUGAAGCGAAUUUUCUGCGGAUUCUGGAUCGAAUUUUCCUCGGUAUCGGAAGCAAAUUUUCAUUGGAAUCUUUUUUCUUUAACCCAAAGUGCAUCCGGAUUAGAUUUCGUCCAAAAUUCGCAAUUUCGAAGUGGAUUUCUUUUUAAAUUCGGAAAGUAUUCCCUUCGAAAGCAGACGAGCAAACUUCCUUCGGAAUCUCACAACAAUUUUUUUAAUCCGGGGCAAAUUUUCUUCGAAAUCCGGAACGAAUUUCCUUUCGGAAUCCAGAGCAGAUUUUCUUUGGAAUUCGUAGUCGAUGUCCUUUGGAACUCAGAAAUCUUUCUUCUUCGGAAGCAAACACUGAUUUUCUUCGAAGUCCGGAGAGAAUUUUCUUCGGAAUCCAGAGCGCAUUUUCUUCAGAAUCCGGAGUGAGCUUUUUUCGCAAUGCAGAGCGGAUUUCAUUUGGAAUCUGAAGCGAACUUUCUUCGGAAUCCGGAGCGAAUUUCUUUCGGAAUUCGAAGCUAAUAUCCUUUGGAAUUUGAAGCGGAUUUCCUUAAAAAUCCGGAGCAAAUGUCCCUCGCAAUCCGGAAUCGAUUUCGUUCGGAAUCCGGGGUGGACUUCCUUCGAAGUUCGGAGCGGAUUUCCUUCUGAAUUUGGGAAGGAUUUCUUGUGAAAUCCGGAGCAAACUUCUUUCGAAAACCGAAGCGACUUUGUUUCGGAAUCUGAAGCAAAGCUGUUUCGUAAUCUGGAGCGUAUUUUGUAUGGCUUCCGGAGCGAGUUUGGAGUCAGAGGCACAUUUUCUUCGGAACUCGGAGUCGAUUUCCUUCGGAGCCGGGAGAGAAUUUCCUUUGGAAUCCGGAGCGAAUUUUCUUCGGAAUCCGGAGUUGAUUUCCUCCGGAAUACGCAGCGGAAUUCCUUCGGAAUUCGGGCAGGAUUUCUUUCGGAAUCCGGAGAAUUUUCUUCGAAAUCCGAAGCGAAUUUUCUGCGGAUUCUGGAUCGGAUUUCCUUCGGUAUUGAGAGCGAAUUUUCUUCGGAAUCCGGUGCUAUCUUCCUUUGGAACCCAGAGCAAAUUUAUUUCCUAAUCCGAAGUGGAUUUCCUUUGGGAUACAUAGCGAACUUUCUUUAAAAUCCGGAGAAAAUUUCCCUCGCAACCUGAAGUUCGGGGAGGAUAACCUUUUGAAUUUUGAAAUGAUUUUUUUUUAAAUCGGAGCAAACUUCUUUCGGAGACCGAAGCGAAUUUGUUCCGGAAUCUGAAGCGAAUUUGUUCCGGAUUCCGGAGCGUAUUUUAUUUGGCUUUCGGAGCGAGUUUGGAAUCCGAAGCGCAUUUUCUUCGGAGUCGGGAGUCAAUUUUCUUCCGAAUCUGAAGCUAGAAGUUCAGAGCGAAUUUACUUAUCUCUGGAAACCGCAUUCAAUUUCUUUCGGAAUCCGGAGCGAACCUGAUUCGGGAUUCGGAGCGCUUUUCCUUUGUAGACCGGAGCGAAAUUCCUUUUCGGUCCGUCACGGAUUUCCUCCAGAAUCUGGAAAUUCCUUCGGUUUCUAUACAGAAUUUCCGUCAGUAUCGUGGGUGAAUUUCAUUUGGAAUCCGGAGCUAACUUCCUUUGGAAUCCAGAGUGAAUUUUCUUCGGAAUCAGGAGCUAUCUUCUUUUGGAAUCCAGAGUGAUUUUUUUUCGGAAUCCGGAGUGAAUUUUCUUCGGAAUCCUGAGCGAAUAUCUUUCGUAAUCCGAGGUGGAUUUCCUUUGGGAAUUCAUUGCAGAAUCCCUACUGAAUUUUCUUCAGAACACAUAACGGAUUAUCUUCGGAACCCGGACGAAUUUCCUUCGAAAUCCGGAGCGUUUUUCAAAGAAGGCCUAACACAAAUCUAAGUAAAUCUUUUUGUCGCCCAAUGUAUACUCGCAAUUCAACCAACCGUCCGCCCACGGUCUCACCAAGCGGAAUGUCCAUCCAGCUUCGUUGCUCGAUUUAUGGCAUGCAUCGAACGGCGUAGAUUCGGGAUUGCAUCUUUAAUCACUUUGUAUGACACGCUUUCCGAGAAACUGUUCUGUGUAACCCACAUUCCUAAUCUGGAACCUUGUCAUUAGCUGUUUAUUCAACGCGUUGACCAUUUCUUCGUCCAAAUCAUCCGCAUAUACGGCCACCGUCGAUCAAGAAGUACACACACGUGACACGAGUCCAUUUCUUGACUGCUGUAGACAGAUUCCUCUCAGCAUUUUGUUGAGUUUCUUGCUCCAUACGCUACUGGCGAAUAGGUUUUUCCGUGAUUUUAAAACCCGCCGCCCAGUCGGCAGAUUGCACAGCUCCCAUGUCUCGUUAUCACCAUUUUAGGGUUUGAUGGUCGACACUGAAGCUUACACACUUAACUCAUUUUACAGUAUUCGGUAAAUUUUACCGAAAUCUCAACAGCAGAUCUGUUCGGUAAUUAUUUAACAGAUUUUUUUGUAAUUUUUUCCAUUGUUCAACUGUCAAAAUCACCGAAAAUCAGUAAAAUUAUUUACCGAACAGUUCUGCUGUUGGGAUUUCGGUAAAAUUUUACCAAAUUCGGCGAUUUAUUCUAAGUGUGUAACUGAAAAUCAUUGCACUUUCGCUCCCUGGCACUAAUUCUUACCACACAACGUGACUCCUUUUGUAGUGAAUGGAAUGCAAUUUUUAAUGGUUCUGGCAAGUCGUCGCUGUCGGUUUCAUUUGGUGGAAGCGGUCCUGCAGCGGUAACUUCUACCUCGUCCACGUUCCGUUCGGCCAAACCAUUUUGUUCUGUAUUGUGCGGAACACUGGUUUUGUGCUGAAUUCCGAAAUGCCUCAAGUAUUGCUUCAUGUCACGAUUUGCGAUUUGUCCCGUAUCUCAGUAGGGUCACUUUUUUGAGUCAGUCACUAAAAAGUCUCUUUUUUCGAGCUCAAGUCACUAAAGUCACUUUUUCUCGUAAAAAGUCACUAUUUUGAACUAUGUUUUAUCAAAAUCCAGGGAUUUGUUAUGGAUAUCGUCGUAGAAUGGAAAAUACAUUUUCAAAAAAUAUGAAACUUUAAUAUGCAUACCAAUCGAAUGAUACCUAUUUUGCUCGAAUCAAAUAGCGAAUUCGGGGAAAUGAAAACUUGGAACUUGUUAGCCUUAAAGUUGCUCUUAACGUCUUCGUGGCUUCAAAGUUCAACUGAAACUUGGCCAGCUUUCAGAUUCGAUUUUCUUUUAAGCUUUUAAACAGUGAUUAAUUGGAGGGGUUGUGUGUCAUUGUUCAUGAUUUUGUAUAUUGUGAGACAUGAAAGAUGGACCCAACUUACUUAGCGACAUCCACUCCGAUCAAUACUUGAGAAUUUUUCAAAACAUUUUCUGAUGAUAAUUUGUACAUUAAAAAUUCUAUAAACUUUGGAGAUCCCAAUAAGAAGAAUCGUUUUUAAAAUAUUUUGCUGAUUUGACUCACCAAUACUUUUGGUAUUACUAUUUCAAAGAAACUUUCGAUUAAGGUAUGUUGGAACCCAAAACGAAUCUUUAGGUUUUUCAAUAAUUAUUGAUCUGAAAUCUCAAGAAGGCAAGAAAGAAUCAUGCUUUGGUUUAUUUUGUAUAAAUCCAAUUCCGAUGCAAAUAUUACGGUUGUUAUGGAAUUCUUAUAGCCUGUUAAGGUUACGAUCUAUAACUUGAAUUAAAUGAUGUGAUGAUGAAAUGCUGUAAUUGGUGUGCCUCGUAUAAACAAAUCGCUAAUUAAUGUAGAAUUUAAUCUGCGUAAAUAAACGACUCUGAAUUUUGGAAAACACGAAUUUGGAAACAUGUUUAUAAACAGGGAUAAGCUUCCAUAUAACUUUUGUCUCGUGAACUUGAAGUCAUUUUUUCUGCAAUUCAAAGUCGCUAUAUCUCGGGUACUUAUUCAAAAGGACGUAUAUGAGUUUUGUAAACAAAGAUUCAAACGUCGAUUUGUCCAAUCUGAUGGUACUCCUACGCAAACCAUCACCACAGACAGGUAGGGGAAGCCUUCGGCUACCUAUUGGUGGUGUUGGUUUGCGUGGGAGUGCCAUCCGAUGGGACAAAACGACGUUUGAAUCUUUGUUUACAAAAUCACAUACGUCCUUUUGAAUAAGUACCCGAGAUAUGGUCUUUUUUCGCCAGUGUUGGUCACUAGAGUCACUAUUUUGAGCGGCAUUGAUCGCUGCCAGCCCUGCAGUAGCUUCAGUCAAAUGAAACACUUCUUGCUGCAGUCGUCGCCAAAGGCCCAAAGCUAAGGCAGUAUUCACUGCCUUCUAUAAGGAUGUUGUUUUUCAUAUGCUCGCAUCAAUGACUGUGUUUCUCUUCGAAACGCGGAAUGUACGUCGGAAGAUCGUAUUUUCCGAAUUUCACACCACGAACCAUACUGCGAAGUUGCUUCAAAAAGGGGGCAUUCAGGAGUCCCAUUCGACGAUCCCAUGAUACAGUGUGCUUCGACAUGCACAAGCCGUUUCAGCCUUGUUGAUCUGCAACAGCCACAACUCGAACUAUAUUUGGUCAAACACUUCACACACAUCUUUCUAAAAUGCCACGCGAUUGCAGAUUUUAUCCUCAUUUUUCGCUAGUUCCGGAAUGCAUAGCACAUCAAACAAUUCGGUUGCAUCCCUCAAGUCGGUUCUGGUUGUCACGUUACCCUUAGAAACAACUGCAGGGUCACUUUUUGAAUCAGUCACUAAAAAGACUCUUUUUUUCGAGCUCAAGUCACUAAAGUCACUUUUUCUUUUCACUUUUUCAACUAUGUUUUAUCAAAAUCCAGGGAUUUGUUAUGGAUACUGCUUUUUGAGGAGAUGUAACGGAAUCGGAAAUCCACUCAUCCGUACAGUUAGGACGAUGCUUCUUUGGUUUCUGUUAACUGCCUAUGCGAAGUCUCUUUAAACAACUUCGACUUUACUCCAGGUUGGCAACAGAACUUUCGUUCUGGAGUUGCGUGGCCACUUCGAAUCCGGCAGAAUUUUCCCUCGGAUCGGAUCCGCUUACGUCUUGAUCCCGGCUGCUUCCAGGUCCAUGAUCAUGGACUCGCAUUGGUUCGGCAAGCCCAUCAGCAGAAUGUUUGAUGUCCGUCAAUCGAUCAGCUCGAAGCCAAUUCACGCUAGUUUGUGCCUCAGCUGGUUGACAUAGUCCUCCACCGUAGCACAAUUCUCUAACUCCAUUCCGGUCAGCUAUGGAAGUAGGCCAAACUCCCUUUACACUGGAGCGUUUUUUUUAUUACGCUGUUUAUUAGACUGUUUAGUAAAUCGCCAGAAAGUUGCUCAAACAAAUGGUUGCACGCGCGACGCUCCAAAAGCUCAUCCGUUGGGUUUUGCAUCUUGAUGGCCGUCCACGUUUCUUCUCAAUUAAUCACCCUCCUUCUUACAGAGGUCCAGGAACUGUAGUUUUCUCGACCUCGUAUUCACUCCGCCAAAAGCAGCGAUACGCUUCCUCCUACUGGUAGGAUUCUUGAAUUGGUCGCCACCGGUGCUCCUCCAUUCAAAUCUGCAACCUGGCCUCCCGCUCCUGUUAUCCGGGCCGGAAUUGCUUGAUCAUGAUUUUUUAAAGUAUUUUUUUUUCAUCUUUUGCUCACGGUGAUGAAAAAUUUCUUCGACUUCUUCGUUCAUUAUUAUGGUACAACAGGCUCAUAACUGACGGAGGAAUUCCCUGAAGCUUCGGAAUGCUUCCUGCGGGCUGGAGUAUCUUUAUCGUUCCGAAUUCUUCAAUAACGAUCUCUCAUGGCAAUUGGGCAUCAGGAACUUCUGUCACCGGUUCACCUGCAACUGUACCAGAACGAAAUUGGCAAAUGUUGUGCGCACGGAUCAAUCUUUUGCGUCCGCCAAGGUCCAAAGGCACGUUGUAGUUCAUGGAUCUUUUGCGUUCGAUGAUCAUGCCCGGUUCCCAUGACUUCUGGUUUCCGUGUUGAUAGUCGACGUACAUCAGAUCAUCAGACUGGAAAUCACGACGAAUUGCGCCGUGUUGAUGAUUGAACCUCUGGAUUUGUUUUUUUAUUUGGAACGAUAGGAGCUCAAUCUGGUUUCUUCACUAGAUCUAACGUCACUCGCUGGCCUACAAAAAAUGUUUCUGCUGUAGACAUUAUGGGGAUGAGUUUAUGUUGUGCAUCGGGCGUUGAUCGGUGCAUGGAAUGAAAUGCUUCAUCUUGUUCAGUCCGCGCUUCGAGGAAUCGACAAAUAGCUCAGAUUGCCAAUUAGAUUGUGUAUGAUGUGGGCGAAAUCAAAGGAUUGUGUACCUCCGUGGCUUCAGCAGAACUGCUGCAAAUUCUCUCUGGAGAAUUGGGUGCUGUUGUCCAACACCAGUGUUGCAGGAUUUCCGUAACGAACGAAUGUCUCUCGAAGUAAUUUAAUUGUGGCAUUAUCGGUCGUGUCCGCCACAUCGAAAUUUAUGACCACCAUGGCCAGGUAGUCGAAUCCGUCCAGCAGAAUAAAUGUGGAUUCGGUUCCAGGUUUCGAGAGUGGUCUUUCUUGGUGCAGCAGAACAGGCACUCCACUGUCGUACCUACAUCGACCAGCAGACGUAACUUUGAGGAAAAGGAUUUUUACGGUCUAUAUCAGGAUGGACGCGGAGUAGCUGUCUGAGAAUUUGCUUGCGGUAUCUUUGGGGAACGACAAUUCGAUCGCCCAACAUCACAAAGUUAUAUCUGAGCUGGAUUCCAUUACGGCGAGCGUAGAUUUUUUUUUUCGUUCGGUGGUAAAUUAUUGACAAGGAAACUCGGUCAUCUUCUUGAGCGUGGCCUCCUUCUGUGCUUCAGCUGCCGUAAUUCACUUUUACGGGCGUCAACGAGCGGGAUGCAAAUGCCUUGACCUCUCAAGAUGGAAAACAAUGCAUUAUCAUGGUUCUGACUCCGUACUUGGAAUCGACGCCGACAACAAUGAUGCUCUUUGAAGGGUCGUAGUGGGUCAGCAGCAAAUCUGAAAGAAGGAUAAAUUUGAACCGGUUGAAAGAUUUUUGGCACUCCUCCGACCAAUUCCAACGAGCCUCCUUUUUGACCAGAUAGUCCAUAGAUCUUCAUGUGGUUAGCAAAACUGUAGAGUUUGAAUAAAAUACCUUCAGCGUGUGUUCAUAGACUCAUUAUACCUCAGCGUGUCCAUCGGCGAGUAGCAAGCCAUGACUCUUCCAUCCUCUUGACAGAUCUCCGUGGCGUGUACACGCCACGGAGAGCCGCUGUCAUAUCAUUUCGUUCCGGCCGUUCAGGGUCACACAUUUUAGUGAGUUGAAUUCAAGCGGCUAAAUUGCGGAGAAUGGUUCACAAAAUCACAAUACGCGUCUGGAAGACCGUCGGAAAAUGGUUUCUGGUUUGCAAAAUCACAAGACGCGUCUGGAAGACGGAACGUACGGACGUACGGAAGACCAAAAGAAAAUGGUUUACGAUCUAGAAUAUUUUGCUUCAUUCAGACCCGUGGAAUAGUUCCACAAAUGCUGGGUUCUUUGGGAAAGGUUGAAUAUAUUUUAUGUCGUCCUGCGAGCAGGGUUAUUUGAUAAUUUUCGUAAUAAAUGUCACUUUUAAAUUAAUUUGAGAUUAAGUCAGGAAAUGAAACAGACCCUAAGAAACCAGUCAUUGCUUCCGAUUGACAUUUAUUCUGUUGAAAUAGUAGACUCUUGCAUUUGAUAAUAAGAAACACGAAAUCAGUCCCGUACCAACGCUAUUUGAAUGUCCAUAAGUGCUCAUAAGAUGCACAUAUGAGGAGCGAUGAAGGAUUUCAAGGACGUUCACUAGGCCAAGCUUUUUACUAAGGCGGCUAAGACUAAAUUAACAACAGUUAGGCGCCAUUAUUGUAGCAUCGGAAACAUAUUUCAAGCAUUCCUUUUAAAUUGUUCAUCAAUUGAUUACAAGCAGCAUGGCAACUUUUUAUUCGUGACUUGAAACAUGACUCCCCUGACUGCUUCGCAACAAUAAAAAACCAAAACAGUAAAAACCAUGCUUAACUUCCUAUUCAUACGAUAUUCUAAGAGAACCCAUUGACUGUCCACUUAGUAAUGCAUAAUAAAUAUAUCCAAAAAUAGAAGCAGAUACAUUUAUAAUACAAAUCAAACAGAUUUAUUAAACUGUGCCCCUUUCGGGGGGCACAACUCUAUCUUAACUAUGAUUAUAUUGGAAUGGAAAAAAAUAUAAUAUCGACCCUGAAAAUUUUAAAGAUAUCCUAAAAGAGAGAACGGAUCACGAGUUUAUUUCCCUCCUCGGAAAAUUUUGUUACAGCGUGUAGUAGUUACAUUUAUGUGUUUUUGUUUAUGACAAUUCUGAAAGGAGAGAAGAGAAAAAAAGAAGUAGAUUCCUAUUUAUAUAUGACACAUAAAAUAUCGAUAAUCAAGUGCGGAAACGUCAGAAGCAAUUUUUUUGGUGUAGCAAAACCACUCCCGCCCACUUUGUAGCCCCCCCUUGGAACAGGGGCACAUUCUCACAUUCCCCCUCAUAUUUGAAAAGGUGACUGUCUCUCUUACACCUAUCGAAGAUUGAUACCCCGAAACGAAUACUCAAUGUGCGCGUGUAUGUGUGCGAGCGCAUUUCCGGGUGUCGCCGAAGCACCCAAAGAUGAUGAAGAAGAAGAAACAAGUAUAAUACAGAGUAAGAAACCACGAAUGGCUGAAGUAACCGAAUAUGAAUAGUGAUUUUGCAAAGAUGGAAACUAAAGAAACAGAUUAUAUAAACGGAAACGAAACUGGCAUCGAGGUGAACAGGCAAAACAGGUGGCAAGAAAUGGAACAGAAAGUAAUAAUGAGGAAGAAUUAGAUGCAGUAAAAAAAAACAGAACUAUUAAUAUGAAUAUAAAAUUAUUUAUAUGGAAGUAUAUAUAUUUAUAUGAUUAUAUUUAAUUAUUAUCGAUGGAGUAAAUCUGUGACAAGAAAAUUAUAAACAAAAGAAAAGAACAAAACUGCAAGAGACUAAAGAAAAAUAUGUGAAACACACCACACUCACACAUCCAUCACAAGUAAAAGAAACACAGAGACGGAGUGAGGAAUAAAAAACAUGGAAAAAACGAUAAGCAAAAUAAAGAGGUACUUUGACUUAAGCGAAAGUGUAAGUUCAUUAUUAAAACUGUAUGAGAUUGAUUUUAUUAUCACACUAUUAUAUUGUAAUCGAUUAGUAGAUAUAUUAUAUUAUAUAUAUUUAACAAAAAAAAAGAAAGAAAAUGAAAUGCUAAAGCAAGGAAAUAUCCCAUUACAGAGAUUAGCGGCCGGCUGCAGCCGAUCCCGAUUUAGUUGUGUUUUAAACGGGCACCCAAAAGUCCGCCAAAAGAUAUAGUAGUUCUUUUUUCAAAUUAUAACGUGACAAUUCGACACCUAUUUAAAACGUUUUUUCUAUAGCAUUAUCGCUUCCCCAUUGAUUGAUUGAUCGAUUAUUACGCUAACUAUUAUUACCUUUUUACCUAAAUAUAUCAUAUUAUUAGCAAACGAAAUGGCGUGAAGCGAAAGAGCAAAUUUAACCUAUUAUACUUAUUGAAUGGUACUCUAACUUAAGGAAGCAAAAAUCAACACUGAGAAAGAGAGUAAGAGACGAAUAAAUCCUACGUUGAGUGUAAACUAUUAUAAUUGUAAACAAACAAAACAAAAGACCCUUCAAACAAACUGAACAAACUGAUUGAUUAUAUUUUUGUUAGUGCUUUUAUUUUUACCGUUUAAAAGUUUAAUUUAUUUUUAUAUAGUUUAUUUUUAUCUAAAUAUUUAUAUUGGAGAGUAGCGAAAACGCAAGCGAGCAAUAAAAUAGCGAAAUGGAAAUUUGUUUGCUUGCGAGUAAGAAAAAAAAACAAGAAAUAAACCGAACAAGGCAGCCCGAAUCGCUGCUGCAGUGAGUGACUCAAAACUAAGCAUAAAGUAAAUAUAAACUUAAACAAAAAAAUGAAAGAAAAAAAACCUAGACAACAAGCCCAAUAAAUAAUGAAUAUUGAAAAGAAAAGAGUGAAAAUAUUAUAUAGUAAACGUAGGCAGUAAACAAAACUUUAUGAUAUUAUGUUACAUUAAACAAAAAAUAUUUAAUAGAAGGUAAACAAAAAACCCAGAAAGCUCUAAAAAUACUGAAGAGACGAGAAGACAGAAAAAGAUAGACGUGUGCAGGUGAAGAGGAAAUCCCAUGACAGGAAAACGAAACUCAACUCACAGUUAAAAAGAACAAACAUGGAAAAUACAAAGAGAAAUAAACUGAAAUGAAAAUUA